AUGGAAGCUGAGUACACCGCCGUGUCUGUGGUGGCACAGGAAUUGCUUGGAGUGCGGGAGCUUCUGAGCGAGCUGAAGGUGUUGCUCGAGGUGCCGAUGAAGCUAUGCUUCGUCGGGGAUUACGUGCAACGUGGUGGGUUGCAGGAUGAAUACUUGGAGACCAAGGAAAUGCUAGCGGACGUGCUGGCAAAGGCGGUGUCUGCACCAAAGAUGCUCGAGCUUCGAGCUCGAAUCGGGUUAUACUGA